AGCAAGCCACUCUUUCCACUUCCUUAUCAGGCUUCUCUGACCCGACAGGGCAGUUUGGGCAGGUAACCUGAGCCUUUGUCCCGCUGCAGAUCCGUGCAGAGAAGUUGCUGCACACCUGACGCAGGGGGCCGGAAUGUCAGGCGGUGGAAACUACCAAGAGUUCAAAACAGUGGAGAUGCAGCAGCAGGAGGAGCUGGAAGGGAAGAGCAAGGGAAAAUCCGGUGCUGGAACUGCGCAGGAACUGGAUUCAGGAUCCUUCCCGCCGUCUGCUCCCAAGACCAUGCUGUACCCACGCCCUCACGCCGACCCCUACGAUUCAAGGAAAUACUUCGCCACAAGGCCUGGAGCCUUUGACCAAGCCAUGGAUGACCUCAGGGCCCAUGUGACAGCGAACAUGGGGGAAACGGCCCAUAGCUUCUGGCUUCUGGCUGAGAUAGACCACUGGAACAACGAGAAGGAGCGUGUCGCGGUCAUCACAGACUCCGCCCUCCUGGUCUGCAAAUAUGACUUCAUCAUGCUCAAGUGUUUGGAGCUGCAGAGAGUCCCCUUGAGCUACAUCAACCGCAUCUGCCUGGGCCCUUUCACCUUUCCUGAGAAGUCCUUGGACAGGAGGGAGGGAGAAGGCCUGAGAAUCUUCUGGGACAAACAGCGAGAGCCAUCUCUCCUGGCGCGCUGGAACCCCUUCUCCACCGACAUGCCUUACACGACCUUCACAGAGCACCCCGUGAAGAACAUCAACCAGAGGUUUAUCACCAUCUGCCAGAUCUCUGCCUUCACUGCCAUGCUGGUUCAAGCAGUCCAGAAUGCCGAAAGAACGGAUCCCACAGCUGGCCGAACUGCCGGGGUCGAGGUGGCCCAUGAGCCCCUCCUCAUAGAGACCUACACAGGGCUGAUGUCUUUCCUCGGAAACCGAAACAAGCUGGGUUAUUCCCUCGCUCGGGGGAGUUUUGGCUUCUGAAAGUCCGGCGAAUUGGGGGCUUUCCUUUUGUGGUGAAUGUGUUGUGCUUAUUCCCCUUGCAUCUUGAAAUGUUGCUAAAGAGGGUGGGGGUUGCUAAUGAAAGGGCUGUGAGAUGCAACACCCCCACCUGGCCUUAUAAUGUAGGAAACUGUGUGCUGAGUCCAACCAUGUAGCUCAUCGUGGGCAUCACCUCAGGCUGGAAGCAGCUCUCCAAAGUUGCAGACUUUUCCCAGGAUUACCCUGGGGAUUGGACCAGGGACCUUCUGGAUGCAAAGCAGCUGCUCUGAGCUACCGUCCUGGAAUGGCAAAACCUCCUUUUGCAGGGUUCAGGGCCACACAGGAUUUAACCACAGGGUCUGGAAAGAUCUCCCCUGUUGAAAGGAGCCUCUAGAAGCCUGACAGCUGCCUGCAAGACAAUGGCCCAUCUAGUCCAGCAUCCUGUUCUCACAGGGGCCAGUCAGAUGCCUGGGGAAAACCCACAAGCAGGAGCUGAGCACAAGAGCAACGCUCUCCCCUCCUGUGGUUUCCAGCAACGGGCGUUCAGAAGCAUCGCUGCCUCCAGCUAUUGAGGCAAAGUAUAGUCAUUGCGGCUAACAGCUCCACUAGUGUUCAUAGAAUUGCAGAAUUGGAAGGGUUCUUCUAGGUCAGCCCGCUUCAGUGCAGGAAUGUGGUAUCUGAGGAACAUCUGAACAUGAUCCUCCUUGUUUUUUUCCAUUGCAAGCUUCUCUCCUGAUAACUCAGGUGUUUCAAGACCUCAGCUGGAUUGCUUUAGCUGAGAUUCCUGCAUAGAUGGCACUCGGGGUCCUUUCCAACUCUAUGAUUCUAUGAGCAUUAAGAGAAUCCUCCAGAAAAAUAAUCUCUCAAAGGACCUCUUGAUGGCAUUUUACCAUUGUACUGUGGAGAGCGUAUUAACUUAUAGUCUUUGUAUGUGGUUUGGGAGCUGCACGGUCAGGGAAAAAACAAUGUUGUCCAGGGUUGUAAAGACUGUGGAGAGAAUAAUUGGGUGCCCUCUUCCCACCUUGGAUCAAAUCUAUGCUUCCAGGUGCCAUAAGAAAGCUGCAGAGAUAGCGC